AUGUUGCGGCCUUUCGUAUCUAUUAUCGUUGCCUUGUUUCCACUUUUUAUUUCUGGCCAGUUCGUCACUCAGCCUACGGAUCUCAAAAUCCUUAAGGGGGCUGGAGGAGUCACCGUCCGAUAUAAGCAGGUACCAAACGGCAUAUGUGAGACCAACAACAAGGUGAAGAGCUUCGCCGGCUAUGUGGACGUGAGUCCGACUCAGCACAUCUACUUUUAUCUGUUCGAAGCAAGACAGAAUGCGGCUUCAGCUCCCUUAACGGUUAGGUUGGAUGGAGGACCGGGCGCAUCCUCUAUGAAUGGACUCUUCAGCGAGAUCGGUCCUUGCACUAUUGAUGCCAGUGGAAAGGUGGUGGACAACCCAAAUUCCUGGUCAACCAUAAGCAACUUACUAUUUGUCGACCAGCCAGCCACCGUCGGCUUCUCAUAUACCACCUUAGUCAACGGCACUGUCAACCCCCAAACCGCUGAGAUUGUACCUCAACAAUGCACAUUGGCAGACCCGAUGUGUGGGACGUACUCGUCCAUGGACAUUUCCUUGACACCAAACUCGACAACUGAAGCUGCGAAGGUAUUCUACAAUGUGAUACAGGGUUUCAUGGGCGCUUUCCCCCAGUACGCUGCAAAUGGAGUGCACAUCACCGGUCAGUCGUAUGGUGGUCACUAUGCUCCCGUCUUCGCCGACUACAUCACUCAGCAAAAUCGUUUGAAGGCAACCGGCACCGUCCAAGUCCCCCUGAAAUCCAUUUCCAUCGAGGAUGGGUUCAUGGAUACUCGCGUACAGUUUGGCGCAUAUUUCAACUACUCUGUGGCCCCAGGCAACCCAUACGACGUGUUGCCGUUUAACGAAACUCUGCAGCAACAGCUUUUUACUAACAUGUUCGGUUCUAGUGGCUGUCAGGGUCGACAAGCGGCCUGCAACACCAGUCCGACCGACAAAGUAUGCGCCGACGCUGAAGCUUUCUGCAUCGAGGCUGUUGAAGAAUUCUGGGACACCCACUCUGGCCGCUCUCAAAACGACAUUCGCCUGUUAAAUCCGGAACCAUACCCGGCUCCAGAUUUCGUUGCAUACCUCAACAGAGCCGAUGUACAAGCAGCUAUUGCGGCCUCGAACAACUUUUCAAGAGCGUCGGUGCAGACCUCCAUCGCGUUCAGCUCGACCGGUGACGACAGCCGUACGGGUGCACUUGUCACCCAAUCUAUGACAAACCUUCUCCAGCAGGGCGUCACCGUUGCCCUGUUCACUGGCGACGCCGACUACGAUAGCAACAUGAUAGGCGCACAGAUCGUUGCGGCGAACGUGGGUGCUGCAAACUGGGCCACUGCCGGGUUUGUAAACUUGUCAGCCAAUAGCGACGGACAGAUUCCGGGCGAGGUGAAGCAAGCCGACGGCUUCUCGUUUACGCGACUCUAUUUUGCAGGCCACUUUUCUGCCUUCAACCAGCCCGAGGCCACACUCAGAAUUCAAAGCCAUGUCAUUAAGGGUGUAGACGUCGCAACUGGGAAGAUGCCAAUGGCCUUUGGAAUGAACAUCACCACGCGAGGACCGUUGGAGAGCACAUUUAAAGAAGGUCCGGCUACGGUUCAAACGAAGGUUGUACCUAAGGGCGCUGUCUACGACCCGCACACGCAUCUGCCUGUGCUUCCGGGACAUUCGGUGGCUGCGGACGGCGGGACUACCAGCGUCAAGAUCGAUGUGGCUCGAGACUCGCCACCUCAUCCACUGGCUGGUUUCACGGUGAAGAACAUUAGGAAAAUGCUCAGACAGAACGGGCCACUGCAGAAGAAUUGA